AUGACAGUCCAGAGGCCUUUCCGUUUGGCUCAUGGAACAACAACCCUGGGUUUCAUCUUCCAAGGUGGGGUAAUAGCAGCGGCAGACACACGUGCCAGUGCCGGGGGGCUUGUUGCCUGUCCGGCUGUUCAUAAGAUCACCCCUAUUCACUCUCAUCUAGUGGUCACAUCCUCUGGUAGUGGUGCAGAUUGCAUGCUGUGGGAGCGAAUUCUGAUUAGAGAGAUCAGACUGUACCAGUUACGGCAUGGACAUCGCCUUUCAAUACGUGCCACAGCUAAGCUCCUUUCAUCUAUGCUCCAUCCUUUUAAAGGUACUGAAAUGUGUGUUGCUCUUACGCUGUGUGGUUGGGAUAAGCAAGAGGGUGCCACUGACUGUGCAACAAGUUUGGAAGACUCAUCCUGGAUGACUGAUGAUAGCUCCUUGGCUGUUUUUAGUAACCAAAACAUUACUGCAACAACUUCUCCUAACAGCGGUCCAAAGCUUAUAUAUGUGUGCAGUGACGGAGCCCGACUGCAGGGAGAUGUCUUCUCUGUGGGCUCAGGCUCACCUUAUGCUUAUGGAGUCUUGGACAGAGAGCUGAGGUGGAGCCUGAGUAAAGGAGAAGCCAUCUCAUUGGCAAGAGAAGCAGUGUUCAGGGCCACUCACAGGGAUGCCUACUCGGGGAACAAUGUGGACCUUUUCCACAUCACAGCCCAAGGAUGGAGCCAGAGAAAGAGAGAGGACUUGAAAGAAGAAUAUUACAGAGAUAAAGAAAAGAAGGGAAAGAAAAAGAAUGACAAACUCAAAUAA